CCGAUCCUCUUGAAUUGAUGAGAGUGUGUAUUCUGUAAGAAUUUUCAACAAACAAAAUUCUCAUAUUCUCAAUAUAUACCUCGUGGUAUUUGUUUUUUUUCAUACAUGGAGUAGUAUUUUUUCGUUUUAAUCAUUAUUUUAAUUUGUUUCUAUACCGACCAUAAUGAUGAUUUAAAUUAUUUUCAAAUUUCACCGGCUCGAAUUGGAUGACAAGCUUAUUGUAAACAAUCAUCAUUAUCAUAAUAAUAACAUGGAGUCAAAUUUAUCGAUAAAGCAAUCAACGGUAAAUGUUUCCUUUGAAAAUCAUUUGACAAAAAAUCGUAAUAAUAAUAAUAAUGCUAACAAACAAUUGACUAAUAAAAACGGUUCCAUCCGAGAAAUCAUGAUUGAUGAAGAUGAAAUUAAAAAAGAAAACGAAUCCGAAUCUGGUGAUUCGAUGAAAGAGGAGAAGCGUUUCAAUCUACGUGCUCGAAGAAGAAGAAUUUCUGAAACGUCCAAUACUGGUGAGGUGUUAAGAAAAAACAAAAAAACUCGAUUGAUAAGCCAGAAAAAUGAUGCCAAAUGUAAUGGACAACAAGAAGGUUCAAAUAUGGAAAACGAUCAGUCGACUACAAAUAACAACGAUGAAAAAAACUCAAAGAUGGUCAUUUAUAAUUGCAAUGAUUAUUUAGCAGUUCGAAAUGAACACAACAGCUUCUUUCUUUGUCGAGCUAGACAAAACAUCUACAAAAAUGGCCGUAAAAUAAAAAUCAAAUGGUACAGUAAUGAUGAAGACAAAGAAAUUUACCGCCCAGAUUUUGAUGAUUACAUAGAUUUCGAAUGCAUUCUUACUAAUCUUCGGGUAAAACGUGAAAAAGAUGGUAUUUCUUUGCCGGAUAAUGAAAAAAAUCGUGCAUUAAAUAUUCUUCAACGUGCACUUGAUGUUGAAAAAGGAAUCAAUUUACCACCGGAUCCUCGUAAAGUUUUAAGUGAUGGUGUAGAUAUUUCGAUUAUUGGAAAAGUGAAAGAAGAAGAUGUUUUGUCCAAAAUCAAUAAUAACCAUGAUGGGAUUGAACAUAAAAAAUCCAUAAAGUUACCUUCAUUGACAAUGGUCGAUGAUAAUAGUGGAAAAAAUAAUGGAACAAUGACGACAACUUCGACAAUCGUUAACGAUGACAAUGAAAACACCACAUCAUGUGAUUCUCAAAGGCGAACAAAAAAAGCGAAAUUCGAAAUAACAAAAAAUUCUUCGGAACCACAUGGCUUAAUAAACGAAACAACGCCACCAAUAUCAAUUGUUGGUUCAAUAACAAAAAAUGCUAUCUCCAACGAAACUAUCGAUCAAUGUCAAAAAGAAAAAAAUAUUUUGUUCGAAACCAAAAUCACACUGCCAUUCAUAUCAUCUUAUGUGAAUUCAAAAUUAUUGAUCCGGGCUGUCAUAUUAGAUGAUCAUGAAUUUCUUGAAAAACUAGCCGUUAAAAACCAUCUUGAUAUUUGCUCAAUAUCUAUUUCUCGUUCAGUUUCAAUUAAAAGAAACGCAAUACAUUAUGCCAUUAUUAAAGAAGAUAUAAAAUCGUUACAGUUAUUGAAGGAAAUUGAAAAAAACAUUGUUAGCUUCGAUGAUGAUUAUCAGUUGCCUUGUUCGCUGGAACUUGAUCAUUGUGAAUUAAUGAUGGAUGCAAAGGAAUAUGAGAAAUAUAAUCACCGAGAAUUUCCUUUAGACGAAUCAUAUGUUGAAUUUGCUUUGAAACAAGGUGUUAAACUUAGUUUCAUUCAAAGAAUGAUGCCGCUGCUCAAAAAUGGCCUUGGAGUUUUUGAUAAAAACAUUUUGACACUGCUGAAAUGUGGCGAUCAUGAACAAGCAGUGGUGAUGAUGGAAAAAAUUUCUAAAACUAAAUUCGAUAAUAAGAGCUUUUAUAAUAUUCAUCAGUUUUUGAAAGGUUAUAUGUUAUCCGAAAGUGACAAUAAGUGGCUAGAAUGUUGUGUAAAUAAAUAUCUUAAACUCUAUCCAAUUCAUCUUGCAGCGAUUAAUCCUGAUCCAUUCAUGUUUCAUCACAUGAUCACUAUUACACCUAACCAAAUCUACCAGAAUGACUGCCAAGAAUGGAUGCCAAUACAUUACGCUUCUGUUUGCCAAACAUUUUUCAACCUUAAACAUUUGCUCAACUUGGGUGUAUCGGCACGUCUAUCCGAUGCUAAAGGAAAUACGUCACUGCAUUUAGCCACAAAAUACAAUAGAAUACAAAAUGUGAAUUUAAUCAUACAAUAUGAAUCUUCCCAGAGCAUUAUCCCAUCAUUAUUCAAUACAUACAAUCGUAAAGGAUACACACCAUUUCAUAUAGCUUGUCAAAAAGGUUUUAUCGAAAUUGUCAAGAUAUUCAUCGAUAAUCGUGUUCAGAUUGAUUUCGCAACAUCUAUUCAUUCAGGAGAAUUGACAUCGUUGAUGAUUGCAUCCAAAUAUGGUUAUUUGGAAAUUGUCAAAUUGUUGGUCGAACAAGGAGCUACGAUCAAUAUCUUUGAUAAAAAAAAUCGUUGCGCUUUGACUUAUGCUGUGAUCAAUGGACACUCAAAUAUUGUCACAUAUUUUCUCGAGAUAGGUGCAAAUCCAUCACACAAAGAUUUGUUUGGCAACAAUCUAUUCCAUUAUGCAUUGGCUUAUGGAUGGCAUUCUUGUUUCGAAUUGUUAUUGAAAACAAAUAUUAAUCUCAAAGAUACAAAUACUUUCGGUCUGACGCCCAUAUACGCAGCUUUUAAGAAAGGUCAUUUAGGAUUCAUUCAAUACAUUCUUAAAAAGAACAUUCUCAAUGUCAAUGUUCCAGUCAACGAUACCGGAAUCAAUAUGACAAUGUUGGCUUGCUCAAUGAUAACAAGUAGUCGAACCAUUAGCCAUUUGCGAAUGCUUGUCGAAAAAUUUAAAUGUGACCUUUCCAAAACUGACUAUGAAGGAAACAACGCGCUACAUUAUUUAUUGAAAUGUGAAGCUAAAUAUCGAAAUUCGAGUCCAACUGUGAUAAAUGAAAUUCAAGAUGCUUUACAUAUUUUGUUACAAAAUAAUUGUGAUAUUUAUUCGAAAAAUAAUGCCGGAAUAUCUCCCAUCAAUUUUUCACUUUCCAAUCAAUGCUACGUAUCAUUUUCUCGUUUUUUCCAUGACCAUCACAAAACUUUUUGUUUUCUGCAAACAUUAUCAACGAAUGAAUAUUUAUGGCCCAUGAUAAUUUCAAAUAUUCUUAGUCAAUUUCAUGUGAAUAAAGGUAAUUUUUCAACUUUCGGUAGAUUCAUCAUCAAUGAAGUCGAAAAGGAUAAGAAUUUUUUUAAUCUGCUUAAAAGUUUGUCUAUGAGAACAAAUGCAAGUGGAGAUUUGCCUAUCGAAUUUUACAUCAAGUUAUCAAAACAUUUAUCAUCGACAUAUGAAAAUGAUGAGCACAAACUUGUAAAUUUUUUUGACUUUUUAGUGAAAUUUUAUGACUGCGAAUUUUUGAAAGACAUAUCAAUAAUACAUCUUGCUGCUCGAUAUGCACCGGGUCGCAUCGUCAAACGUUUGAUUGAUAAAAUCGGACUAAUGUCCGAUAUUCGAAACGAAUCAAAUCAGACACCGUUGGCUAUCGCAUUGGUCAAUGAUAAUGUAUCGUCAGCUGAAGCGUUCCUUUCUUCCAAAAUUAAUAUAAAUGUUGAAAUUGACAGCAUGCCUUGUUUCUUCUAUUACUUAAGAGAAAGUUCUUCAUUAAAUCUUUGUUCAUAUUUCUUAAAAUUGGGUGCCAAACCCGAUUAUAUUGAUAAAUUUGGCAAUUCUUCAUUACAUUUAAUUUGUGCAAAUGUUGAACGAAAUUAUUUUCUCGAAUCCUUCAAACUUUUGAUUGAUCAUAAAGUUAAUGCUAAUAAGAAAAACUAUCAAGGUCAGACUGUUCUUCAUGUCGCUUUCAAAAAUAAUAAAUUUUCAUCAAGAUUAUCCGAUUUAUUGAAUACAUUCAUGAAAACUGAUAUCGAUUUAUAUGCUAAAGAUCAGAAUGGAUAUAAUGCAUUCAAUUAUUUGUUUAUGAAUAAUACCUCAUCAGAUCCAGUAGAUUUGUUCAAACAAAUCGAUACAAAACGAAUCAAAUUUCAAGACCUUUUAGAUAAUAAACAAAUGAAUCUUUUGCAUUAUGCAGCCAAAACGGGAUUUGCUCAAUGCAUUACCUACUUUUUGCAAUAUAUUGAUCCGAACUCUAUUGAUCUCGAUAAUUAUUCUCCUCUCUCAUUGGCUAUUCUUAACAAUCAUCUAGAGUGCACGUUGUUAUUAUUGAGAUCGGAAAAAAAUCGGAUUUUAGAUAAUUUGGAAUUUAUCUUGAAAAAGAAUAUUAAAAUAAAUUUACUUUGUCAUAUCUUAAAAAAUGGAUGGAAAGAUGCAUUCUUUCUCAUUCAAGAAAGGGCUAUUCGUCAAAAAGAAUUGAAUGAAUUGAUCCAAAUAUCAAUCAAAUCUCAGUGUUUGACGUAUGCGUCAAAUUUGAUAAGAUCAAACAUUCAUGUUGAAGAAUAUAGUCGGUUAUAUCUGCAACUGUUUGCUAAAUAUACCAGCGCACAAUUGGAUAUGGAAAUUCAAAAUGACUUUCUAAAGAUUUUUAGAGAUGAUCUUAUAUCGACAAUUUUUGUUGAUCUAUUUUCGUUGGCAUUUUAUAAUUGGAAUUUCAAUCUAUGCAAAAAACUAAUAAAAACUUUUGGCAUUAACAAUGUAUUGAAAAAAAUAAAAGAAAAAAACGUCGAUUUAUUGCCGCUUUGUUUCAAAAAAUUAGUCUUUGAACGUCAAGAUUUGCCUCGAGAUAUGAUGGAUUUGAUUGAAUUGAUUUUGCAAAAAGGAGAGAUGGACCAUUUUCAAGAAAUAAAUGUAUUAUCAAGCUAUCCGAUCGAAGAGAAUAAAGAUUCCAUUAUGGAAAAGUAUCGAGCUUUCUGUGAACAUGAUCAUCGUUAUCAAAAUCGAUAUUCUUCGAUCAAAUAUUCUCCUCUAAUAAUAGCGAUCAUCAUGCGAUGCCAUUCGACAGUUGAAUGGUUGCUUACAUUACAAAUAACUAAACGAUUUAUUGUCGAUAUUAGUUUUGUCGAUUCUCAUGAACGUACUCCUCUGGUGCAUGCAAUUUUAAUAAAUGACAAUAAAAUCAUUCAUUCAUUGUUAGAUGCCGAGAUUCUUCGAAAAACAGAUUCUCAAACUAAAUCCUCUGUAUCAUAUAACCAACUGAAUAUUUUAAAAAGAGAUGUCAAUCAAUUAACUGUGUUUCAUCAUUUAAUAUCUCCAUUCAAAUCAGGCAAUUACUAUAAAUCUAAUAUUAAUUAUUCAAAACUAUGGAAUAUGCUUACUAAAUCGGAUAAAACUAAUCAACUGAUUGAUGAACUCUAUCGAUUCUGCAAUGGAAAAAAGGCACUACAACUGAUUAAUUGGAUGGAAAAAACAUUGAAUAUUGGUUCAAAUAUAUCCUCACAUUCAUUCAACAAUGUGACGAAUGAAAAUUGUGUUAUAAAUCAUUUUGAAUCAAAUUGUGAAACUUUCAUCAAAUCUCAUUCAUUAUGCAAUGAUGAUUAUAUGGCUGAUUUGCAAUCAAUGACUGCUCAAGAUUAUCGACUAAAGCGGAUAAUCAAAGAUCAAACUUCGAAAAUUCCUUUUGAUGUAAUUUUCACAAAAUUGGAUUAUCAAAAUAGUGAUUAUGUCUAUAAUUUUUACAAAGUACAAUUACUUUCAUUUGGAUCAAAACAUUGUCUAUCAAUUCGUUGGGGGCGUGUCGGAACCAAAGGAAAUGUAAAAUUAUUUUAUGAUUCUCAAGAAGAAAGCAUUGAAAAUUUCAAAAAGAUUUUCGCUAAAAAGUCUGGCGAAGAUUGGGAUCAUGUUAAUGUUUUUGCUGUACAAGAAAAAUAUGAAAGAAACACCUCAGAUAUUAAAACAGGUUUUAAUUCCUGGAAUUCGCAAGAGCUUUUUGAAAAACUCACUUCCGAAUCGUCAACCUCUCAUGAAAAUACAAAUCCAGAUUUUAAGAAACUUAUAAUGAAAUAUAUGAAAAUCCUCCAUCUGGAAACCGAAAAUGAUCCUGAUCAAUCCUGUAAAAAGUUGAGCACAAAAUCUAUCGAACGUUGUUUAUUCAUCCUGAAUCGAUUGUCCAAGCUAAUCGCUUUUAAUGAUCUAAGUAGGACAAAAAAUCAAAAAGAAGAUCCUAAAUUAUUGAAUGAUAUGAUAGACUUGAGCGAACAAUUUUAUUCACACAUUAAAAUCUAUGGAUCUCAUUAUGAUCAACUUAAACCCAUACUAAACAUGAAAAAUAUUCGAGAAAUCAUUCACGUUGUCAUGAAGCUAAAAUCAAUGGUUUCCGCCAUGGAAUCUUUGUUUUUAUCUUUCCAUUCAAAUUCCAACAUUCAUCCAUGGAAUUCUUUAGAUUCAUUGUUCCGUUGGCGAUGUCGAAUUCUGACCAAUAAAGAAGAAAUUGAUCUUAUUUGUUCGUACUUGCAUGGUCCACAACAUGAUGAUCAUGAUUGUUUGAACCAUUACGAGUUUUUCAAAUUCAACAACUGUGUCGAUUGGAAUACGAAUAAAUCUUGCAAAACCUAUUUACUAUGGUGUCAUUUGAAGAGUUAUGAAUUUUUAAGUUUUUUCUUUGGUGGAUUUGAUGGCCAAACAUUUUUACUGCAUUCUGAUCUGCCUAUCAUCAUGAAUGGCGUUUGUUUGACUAACAGAAUUAGUAAUUUUGAACAGACGGAUGAUUUCUGGAUACUUUGCGAAGUUUUGAUACAGAAUCCAAUAGAAAUUGAUGAUAUAAAUGUUUUAACAAGCGAAAAUUACGAAACAUUUAUUCGUAGUAAAGAUUGCCUUAUCUUAUCUGACGAAAAAAGUGCAUCACCAAGUUCGAAUCAGGAUAACAAUUAUCUGCUAUGGAAAGGCUUCAUAGUUCCUAUGAAUUUCGAAAUCGGUAAUUCAAAACGAUUCCUCUAUUUGUCUCCUAAACAAUUAAGGCCACGUUAUUUAUUAAAUUUUAAAAAUACAAUGUAAUGAUAAACAUUGUAUUCUAGUCUUUGAAUUGAAUUCGAUAACUCUCAUCUUAUCAUUCCAUCGUAUUUAUGUACAAAUUAAUUAUUUUAUUAAUUAAUUAUUUAU